AAAAGGCCAACCUUCCCUCCCUCCCACUCAUUAGUUCUGCCAGCACCAAGGAGAGGAAGAAGGAAGAAUUCUGAAAUCCCAUCUUCCAAAGCCAAACACGAGCCCAAGCUCAAACAAGAAAAAGAAAGAAGUUUGGAGAAAGAAAAAGAUAGGAAAAGUGUGAAGAAUUAAGGAGCUUGACUAAAGUGUUCCUAACUUUUGCCGGAGUUUCGCCGGAGUUUCACCGAAGUUUCGCCGGAGUUCACCAGAGUAUCGCCGGAGUUCAAUCGAGAAGGGUAGAACUUCUUUAAGCUCAUUCGAGGUGAGGAUGGCUGACUAUAUUGCUUAUAAUUGUUGGGUUAAUUUCAUAAGAUUACAUAAGGUAUUAGAUGUGAUUUUCAUGGAUUAUUAAUGAAUAAUAAUGCCUAAAUGAAAAUACUAUUGCAUAUGAUUAAAUGAAGCAUGUUAUACAAAUUUGGAAGAAAUUGUGUAUGAUUAUGGGAUAUGAAAGGAAUGGCAUGAAAAUGGGAUUAACUAUGAAAAUAUUGUGAUAAAAUAUACUUUUACUUCAUUUAAGGAAUUCAUGAAUGGAUAAAAGUGAUAUUUUUGAUAUUGAGAUUAAAUCAUAUUUGGAUUUGAAAUUCAAUUGAGAUGAAUUUUUGGCUAUGAAUUAAGAACUUGGUUGUUCUAAGAUUUAUCCGACUAGUAUUGAAAUACUAGUCGGGAGAUUAAUAUAAAUAAAUGAUGGAAUUAAUCCUAAGAGAUAGGGUUGUGAAUAGUGAUGCCUUAAGUAGUCUUAAGAGAUAUUUUAGGGUCGAAUUGUAUGAACACUAAGGUGUGUUAGGGGUAGGCCUAAAGGCUACCCAAGUGAAUUGAUUCUAGGCAUAGGAUUUGCUUGAGAAUUGGACUAUGAAAAUAAAUUAGAGUCGGACUCUAGGAUUGCAUGGAAAUGUAGUUGGGCCGAGCCCUUACCAUGUAAUGUGAUUAGCAUGGAAACGUAGUUGGGCCGAGCCCUUGCCAUGUAUUUGUGAUCUUCGUGGAAACGUAGUUGGGCCGAGCCCUUGUCACGAAGUUAUGGUUAGUAUGGAAACGUAGUUGGGCCGAGCCCUUGCUAUACAAUCGGGACUCGAGGGAACCCUAUGGGGUUGUCGUGACUUGUAGUCACGGGGAAUUAAAAUGGUAAAUUCUAAAUGAAUAUGGGUCCACGGGCCGACUACUUGACUUUAUAUAAAGUAAGUAUUUUUCUAAAAAGGGGUAACCGAGGGUUAUGGCCUAUAAUAUAUUAUCACCCUGGAUUGAGGGUCUUAGAAAUUGAAACAUUGAUUAUACUUAGUAUAGUUGUCAUUGUACUUGUCAAAUGCUUCCAAGUACUGACCUCCCUUUCACAGGGGAGGCCACCUCACAGUUUCAAGUGGAACUUGAAGGUUGCUGCCACCGUCCGUUGCUUCGAGAAGAUCAAAGGAAGAAGACGUGGUUCAUGCUUUUUCCGUUUCUGUUUUGAAAACAAUUCAAAUAAUGCUCAUGGAUAUUAUUUUCUGAAUAAUUAUUUUGGAGGCUUGUAUGCCUAGUUAUGCCAAGUGUGGCUUGAACACUUGUAAUAUUGUUUUCGCUGCUUAAAUGAAUGUUUUUACAUUAUGUUUGUUUAUGGAUGUACUAUGUGUGAAUGAUAUUCCAG